UUUAAGACAUCAGUUACUCGAGUUUAGAGUAAAUGGAAAGAUCAAGUGAACAGAAAGUCAGUGGUCUGAGAAGCAAAUUAAGUUUUGAUAAAAAACUUUGGAGAAACAUAUGAAAUCAAAAAAUUGUCUUGAUUUUUAAAAGUUGUGAUAAAAUUUGUGAUUUCUCUAUUAUUUAAAGUUACAGUUAAGAAAAAGUUAAGUUGAGUUUUCAUUUUAUUCUAAAACAAAAGCAACACAAAACUAAAAACCAAAAUGCCAGAAAUUAUUGAACAACUCAAGGAAAUGCCUCUUGGCAACUGUGCAUUACCACGCCAAAACAAAAAUCAGCAAACUAAUUGUGGCUUAUACAGUCAUAUUCGUGGCACGAACGUGUCCUUCGGCAAUGUGUCCUCUCUUACACCAUCAGUUCAAGCCUUCGUAGAGGAGUCGGUAGCUUUGUGUCAACCCGAUCAAGUGCAUAUCUGUGAUGGAUCCGAAAUAGAGAACAAAAUCUUGAUUAAAUUGAUGUUGGACGAUGGAACCAUUAUUCCGCUCCCCAAGUACGAAAAUUGUUGGUUAGCUCGUACAAAUCCCGCAGAUGUUGCACGCGUGGAAUCGCGUACAUUCAUUUGUACUGAGCAUAAGGAUGACACUAUUCCAACACCGACGGAAGGUGUGAAAGGUACACUGGGCAACUGGAUUUCUCCAUCUGGUUUUGAUCAGGCUAUACAAGAACGAUUCCCGGGUUGCAUGAAGGGGCGUACAAUGUAUGUGGUGCCGUUUAGUAUGGGCCCGUUAGGUUCAGCGUUAUCGAAAAUUGGAAUUGAAAUUACUGACUCACCAUAUGUGGUUGCAUCUAUGCGAAUUAUGGCUCGCAUGGGUUCACCAGUUCUGGAACAUUUGAGAAAGCAGGGAGAUUUUGUACGCGCCUUACACUCUGUUGGUACACCAUCUAAUGGUGUUAUGGAACAUCCAUCGUGGCCAUGUGAUCCAGAACGUACAAUUAUUUUGCACAAGCCAGCUGAGAAUUUAAUUGUUUCUUACGGUUCUGGAUAUGGCGGAAAUUCUCUUCUUGGCAAGAAAUGCUUUGCGCUACGUAUAGGAAGUACCAUCGCCAAACGUGAAGGUUGGUUAGCCGAACAUAUGCUGAUAUUGGGUAUAACUAAUCCAAAGGGUGAGAAGAAAUACAUCACAGCGGCGUUUCCAUCAGCUUGUGGCAAAACCAAUUUGGCUAUGUUGAAUCCAUCGCUGCCAGGUUACAAAGUAGAAUGCGUUGGCGAUGAUAUCGCUUGGAUGAAAUUCGAUAAUGAUGGUAUACUGCGUGCCAUAAAUCCAGAGAAUGGUUUCUUUGGCGUUGCUCCUGGAACUUCUAUAGAAACCAAUCCGAUUGCCAUGGCGACAAUAUUCAAGAAUACCAUAUUCACAAAUGUUGCCUAUACCUCAGAUGGUGGUGUCUACUGGGAAGGUAUGGAGAGCAGUUUGGCACCAAAUGUCGAAAUAACUGACUGGCUUGGUAAUCCAUGGACCAAGGAAUCAGGCAAACCUGCUGCACAUCCCAAUUCACGUUUUUGUACACCGGCAGCACAAUGUCCCAUUAUUGAUACACAUUGGGAGGAUCCAAAGGGUGUACCAAUCAGUGCAAUUCUUUUUGGAGGUAGACGUCCCGCUGGAGUGCCAUUAAUAUACGAAUCGCGCAGUUGGUCUCAUGGCGUUUUUGUUGGUGCUGCGAUGCGCAGUGAAUCAACAGCAGCUGCUGAGCAUAAGGGCAAAGUAAUUAUGCAUGAUCCCUUCGCUAUGCGUCCAUUUUUUGGCUAUAAUUUCGGUCAUUAUGUUCAGCAUUGGUUGAGUAUGGAAAGCCGUGGAAAUGUUCCUAAGAUAUUCCAUGUUAAUUGGUUCCGCAAAGGAUCCAAUGGCAAAUUCAUUUGGCCCGGCUAUGGUGAAAAUUCCCGAGUCUUGGAGUGGAUUUUACGUCGUUGCAGUGGAGAGCAAUGCUAUACAGAUGCAGCCAUUGGCAGAGUGCCAGCCGAAGGCCAUCUUAAUUUGACGAAUAUGAAGGAUGAUAUAGAUUAUCAGGAACUCUUCUCACUGCCGAAAGAAUUCUGGUUGGAGGAAGUGGCGGAAAUUCGUAACUACUUUGAUUCGCAAGUAGGCUCCGAUUUGCCCGAACAGAUAUACGAGGAGUUAAAGCAGUUGAAGGAGCGCAUUGCUCAGAUCUGAUUAUUUCCGAUUUGAUUCAGUGCGAACCUAAAUAUUUUAAUGUUUAUAUUGUUUCACAAGCCUAACUGUAUGAAACGCAUUUUUGUAUAUAUUGAUGUAGUUUAAACUAGGAUUAAAUUUAUUUUAUAGAUACUAUGUACUUUUAUUGAUAAAUUCAUUACAAAGAAUGAUGAAAUAAAUUAUAAGAUUGUGCCAUAUAAUGUAUUUAAAACGAAA